AUGUGGAACUUGGCAUUGCCUUCUGGCGUUGACCGUGAUCAUGAGUAUUGUAAUCCAAUGGUGGAUGGUGGAUCUAAGCUUUGGGAGAAUCUAAGAUUGCUGGGAUGGAAAGUAAUGGUGACUGGCUGUGAUGGGGAUCCCAUGAUCGACCGUCAGAUCGAAUUUGUGAACAUGUUGGUGACAAGAGAUGUAAAAGUUUUGAGCCAUUUUAGCGAAGGAGGUUACCAUGUUGUAGAGCUUAAGGAGCCCUCUAAGGCCAAAACAUUACUUGACGAAAAGAAGAGCAAAACUCUUAUUGAAGCUACCCUGACAAAUCUGGAAAAAGCCACACAAUUCAUUAAAUACUUGGCAAAUGCUUUGAUUGGUUACUGCUUAGAGGAUGACCAUCACAUGCUGGUUUACGAGCAGAAUGAAGAAUCGUGUAUUCUGGAGUGA